UUUUGCUGCUGGGGGACUUGUGAAUGGCAGCCAAUGGGAGGGUUGAGUCCCCUCAGCCUUUCAGCCUCCCUGACAUCCACAGCGAGAAAGUGAUGCAGCGCGACUGAGACGCGCAGUUGAGGUGGAACAACGGGCAACAAAAAGCUGCAGUGAACGGAUACACUUGGCUCCGGCGUGCGCCUCCACCGCUCUGGGAGAGAGAGAGAAAAACAUUUGCAUCCUAGAAUAAACUUCAUUAUCAGGUGCUGUUUGCCGCCCCAUGUGAGUCCUAGGAGCCUUCCCCGCUUCAGUAGAUUACAGCAUGUGGACCAAUCCGAUACUCUGACCAAUAACCACUGGACACAGACCACUGAGGUGGGGGGGAGAGAAGACCUGAGAUUUUGGUGGUGUGGCCAUGGAUAGAAGGAAGGUUUGCGUAUUGAUGGUGCUGUGGGUAGUGGCCCACAUCAGCUCUCCAGGGCAUGGCCUCAGGGCCCUGCGAAGGACUACAGGGGGGCGGAGGGGGUCCACAGGGCUGACGGGACAAGACGCCAAUGGAGUGCCGCUCAAGCGCUCCAAACGAGGUUGGAUGUGGAACCAGUUCUUUUUGUUGGAGGAGUACACCGGGACAGACAUGCAGUAUGUCGGAAAGCUUCACUCAGAUGGAGAUCGAGGAGAUGGAAGCGUGAGGUACGUUCUCACCGGGGAGGGAGCGGGGUCCCUCUUUAAGAUAGACGAGAAGUCGGGGGACAUCCACGCCACCAAGAGGCUGGACAGGGAGGAGAAGGCCUACUACAUCCUCCACGCCAAAGCCAUCAACCGCUUCACCAACGAGGCGCUGGAGGGUCAGUCCGAGUUCAUCAUCAAGAUCCACGACAUCAACGACAACGAGCCCCGAUUCACCAAGGACCCCUACAUGGCCAGAGUCCCUGAAAUGUCUGACAUCGGCACCUCUGUGAUUCAGGUGACAGCCAUAGACGCAGAUGACGCCACAUAUGGGAACAGCGCCAGGGUGGUGUACAGCAUCCUGGAGGGGCAGCCGUACUUCUCUGUGGACCCAGAAACCGGACUGAUCAAGACAGCUCUGCCUGGCAUGGACAGAGAAGUGAAAGAAAACUACCAGGUUGUGAUCCAGGCUAAAGACAUGGCCGGACAGAUGGGCGGGCUCUCGGGCACCACGACGGUCAGCAUCACCCUCUCUGACGUGAACGACAACCCGCCACGCUUCACCAAGACCGUCUACGAGUUCAGAGUGCCCGAGUCCACCGAGCUUGGGUCUGUGGUGGGAGUGAUCCAGGCUAUGGACGCCGACAUCGGCGAGAACGGCGAGAUGGACUACAGGAUCAUUGGGAGCGACGGCCCCGGCAUGUUUGAUAUCUCCACCAAUAAAAGCACGCAGGACGGUGUCAUCGUGCUGAGGAAGCCUCUGGACUUUGAGAGGAAGCGUCAGUACAGUCUCCGUAUUCAGGUGGAAAAUUCCCACAUCAACCCUCGCUUCCUCUCCGUGGGCCCCUUCAGGGACGAGGCCACCGUCAAGAUCAUCGUGGAGGAUGUGGACGAGCCGCCGGUGUUCGAGCGCACCAACUACAUCAUGGAAGUCAAAGAGGACGCAGCCAGGAACACCGUCAUCGGCUCCGUCAGCGCGUCUGAUCCUGACGACAAAAACAGUCUCGUCAGGUACUCUAUUGAUCGGCGUACAGACAUGGACAGGAUGUUCAACGUCCAUGCCGGCAACGGGUCAGUGUUCAUCCUCAGGGAGCUGGACAGAGAAGAGAGCGCCUGGCACAACAUCUCCGUCAUCGCUACAGAGUUCAACAACCCACGCCAGAUCAGCCGUGUGCCUGUUUACAUCCGAGUGCUGGACGUCAACGACAACGCUCCAACAUUUGCCACUAAUUACGAGACGUUUGUGUGUGAGAACGCAAAGGCUAAUCAGAGGAUCCAAACCGUGAGCGCCGCAGACCCUGACGAGCCACUCGGAGGACACCGAUUCUUCUUCAGUCUCGCACAGGAGGCUGCUGGGAAGGCCAACUUCUCUGUCCGCGAUAACAAAGACAACACGGCCUGGAUCCUAACGAGGAGGAACAGCUACAACAGUCUGCAGAAGAGCGUUUACCACGUGCCUGUGGUCAUUUCUGAUGGAGAGUUCCCAAUGCAGAGCAGCACCAACACCCUGACCAUAAGAGUGUGCACCUGCGACCGCGAGGGCAACAUGAAGCUGUGCAACGCCGAGGCAUUCACCGCGAGGGCGGGACUCAGCACGGGAGCCCUGGUGGCCAUUUUGCUUUGUGUCAUCAUUCUGCUCAUGAUCGUGGUGCUGUUUGCUGCCCUGAGGAGACAGAGGAAGAAGGAGCCUCUGAUCAUCUCCAAAGAGGAUGUCAGAGACAACGUCGUCAGCUACAACGAUGAAGGGGGCGGAGAGGAGGACACUCAGGCCUUUGAUAUCGGCACGCUGCGCAACCCAGAGGCCAUCGAGGAUAGCAAGCAGCGGAGGGAUAUCGUCCCCGAGACCUUCUACCCUCCGGUUCGACGGCCCGUGCUGCCCCCGAUCCGGGACACUAACGGGGAUGUGAGGGACUUCAUCAACCAGAGGCUCCAGGACAACGACAGCGACCCAACGGCGCCGCCUUACGACUCCCUGGCCACCUACGCCUAUGAGGGUAACGGCUCCGUAGCAGAGUCCCUUAGCUCACUCGACUCGGUGACCACAGAGGGCGACCAGGACUACAACUACCUGAGCGAGUGGGGACCCCGGUUUAAGAAACUGGCAGACAUGUACGGGGGCGACGACAGCGACAGGGAUUCCUAACGAGAGCCUGGCACGAGGAGAGAAAAAGUUAAAUGAAACACAUGUAAAACUUUCGUGCAAUUUUGGUGCACGUGUAGCGAAAAAAAUGGUGAAAAGACCAAGAAAAAAGCACUAUUUGACCAAGUGCUCUGUCACUGCUACCGCGCACCAAUCAAUAGUCCCUCCGGUGACCAGACGUAGGCUUUGUGUGUCAAGUCAGUGUUAGUUGCGUUUUUGCCCGGGUGCAGUGAACGACUUUGUGUCAAGACUUUUGUGUGUGUAUAUAUGAGGCCCAAAUAUACAAUUUUUUUUUUUCUUCCAAAGCUGCAUUUGAUGGACAUGUUCAACAAGCAGUUUUGUAAACCAACAGAUAUGCCUAUGUAUUUUUCAGUGUUUCUCGGACAAAAACAUGCUGCAUAUUGUGAGUUCUAUCUUUGCUUGUGUAUGUACGAUAAUAUGAUACAAUACGCUCUACUGUUUUGUUUUCUAGGGAUUUUUAUUCCAAAUGACCCCCUCUUUCAGCGAUGGCUGCCUCACAUCAUCCUUAGUUUUUCUUGAGCCAGAACAUUUUUGGCAUCUUCAUCUCUGAUGGGAAAAUGAGAAAUUUCGAUACCGGUUUGAUUGGAGAGGUAUGCAUAAUGGAAUUUGUGUUAGUUGUGGCACGUUGCUGUCAACAAGUGGCUAAAGUUCUUUAAAGCUUGCAAAAGCUUGGGUAAAUGAACGCGGAAUCUACAGCCACAACUAACAUUUGGAAAAAUACUAGUUAGUUAUUUUUGAAGAAUCUGAUUUUCAUCUCCACACAGCUUUGACCAUUAGCAUUGAGGUGAGCCAAAUACCAAAUAUUUCCUUGUUGAGCUGAAUGUCUUGAGAACCAUUUUUCUCUGUGAAGCAAACACUGGCUGAAAAAUGAAGUACACUAAAUAGUGUUGUUUUCUAAGAUACAUUGAUCAUUAGAUUUGAUUGAUAAUCUAAUGUGCAACAUCCUCAGAGGAAAAUACUGAUCUUGUUGGACCUUUUUUGCUCACAUCGACCACGGAAAUGUGUUAAUGUUUCACUCACGUACAGCAUGAUGUAAGUAACAUUCACUUGAGCUUGAAACUACGAUAUUAGAUUAAACACCUCGUGGACAGUUAUCAUUAAAAUUAAUCAUGCAAAUUUAUUUUAAACAGGAAAAGUAACAUUUGAAUCAAUGUACCAAGCUGGGACAAUGAUAUGUAGAUUGGAAAUAGAACAAUUAUACAUGCACAUUUAAACUUGGACUCAGUCCAUCUGUAAAGCUGUUAUGCUUUAAAUGAGCAUCAAGUCUAUAACAUGAGACAAAAGAGUUGCCUUAAAUAAAACAAAUCUUCUCGAUGAGAUUUUCUUAAAUUUGGGGGUCAGAUUCUUUUCAAAAGAAGAGAAAAAAACAUUUAAAUGUGACCUACAGCAUU